AGCCGAGAGUGGCGGGAACAGUUUUUUUGCAUUCAAUGCUUCUCUAGGUGAGUGCCAGUUUCCAGCCAGCCGUGCAGGUGACAAACACAGGCUAGGAAGCCAGGCAUACAUGCAAGAAUAGCACACAUCAAGAGCCACCAUGACAGAAAAGGACGGAGCCGCAGUAACCGCGGGCGACAACUUCGACGACGCAGUGGAGGAGCGCGUCAUCAAUGAGGAGUACAAGAUCUGGAAGAAGAACACGCCGUUCCUCUACGACCUGGUCAUGACGCACGCGCUGGAAUGGCCCUCGCUGACGGCCCAGUGGCUGCCGGAUGUGACCAGGCCGGACGGGCGGGACUACACCAUCCACCGGCUGAUCCUGGGUACGCACACGUCCGACGAGCAGAACCACCUGCUGAUCGCGUCCGUGCAGCUGCCGACCGAGGACGCCCAGCUCGACCCGUCCCACUACGACAGCGAACGGGGCGAGUUCGGCGGCUUCAGCUCAGUGAACGGCCGGAUCGACAUCGAGAUCAAGAUCAACCACGAGGGCGAGGUGAACCGGGCGCGCUACAUGCCGCAGAACCCGUGCGUCAUCGCCACCAAGACGCCCAGCUCGGACGUGCUCGUGUUCGACUACACCAAGCACCCGAGCAAGCCGGACGCCGGCGGCGAGUGCAGCCCCGACCUCAGGUUGCGGGGCCACCAGAAGGAGGGGUACGGCCUCUCCUGGAACCCGUCUGUCAACGGCAACUUGCUGUCGGCCUCGGACGACCACACCAUCUGCCUCUGGGACAUCAACGCUACUCCCAAGGAGAACAAGGUGGUGGACGCCAAGAACAUCUUCACCGGACACACGGCCGUGGUGGAGGACGUGGCGUGGCACCUGCUGCACCCGACGUUCUUCGGCUCUGUGGCCGACGACCAGAAGCUGAUGAUCUGGGACACGCGCUCCAGCACCACCAACAAGCCGUCGCACAUCGUCGACGCGCAUACGGCCGAGGUCAACUGCCUCUCGUUCAACCCUUACUCGGAGUACAUCCUGGCGACGGGCUCGGCCGACAAGACGGUGGCGCUGUGGGACCUACGCAACCUCAAGCUCAAGCUGCACUCGUUCGAGUCGCACAAGGACGAGAUCUUCCAGGUGCAGUGGUCGCCGCACAACGAGACGAUCCUGGCGAGCAGCGGCACCGACCGGCGCCUGCACGUCUGGGACCUAAGCAAGAUCGGCGAGGAGCAGUCGGCCGAGGACGCUGAGGACGGGCCGCCGGAGCUGCUCUUCAUCCACGGCGGCCACACGGCCAAGAUCUCCGACUUCUCGUGGAACCCCAACGAGCCGUGGGUGGUGUGCUCCGUCUCCGAGGACAAUAUCAUGCAGGUGUGGCAGAUGGCCGAGAACAUCUACAAUGACGAGGAGCCCGAGGCGCAACCGGCCGAACUCGAGGCCAACCGCGACUGAGGCGGUCGCCUCGGCCGCGCCCGAGAUCGCUACUGGUGCAGAGAGUCCCUGACGGGGCAGGCCCUGCACGCGCGCACACGUGGGGCGCCGACGGCGCCCGGCUCGGAGCCGAGAGCUGCCGGCUCAUGUGAUUUCUCAAUUCGUGCGUCAUCGUUGUUUUCCCGUCUGUAGAUUCACCGCGCUCGCGUAAUAGAUGGUCAUGUUUUC